AUGAACUUAAGGGCUCAGCGCGGACGAGAAUGCGUCCAGAACUUCGGCGUGCUUCAAGCUUCAUUCGAGGACGACGGGCCCGCGAUGCGACUGCUCGAGAUAAGUCUCCAGGACGACGUCGAGUUCAUCCAGCGGUCCAAGGACUUGUUCGAUGCUGACUACAUCGGCCCGGUGAUGGAAAUCUCGGAAGCUGGAGGCUAUCUGUACACACGAGCAGACAUCGUCGCGUCUCGUUCACUUGCCUUCGGCGUCGCCGGCAAGCCGAGGGUCUCCUUUGACUCAACCGCCAAAGGGCAUUCCAACAAGUCCACCGGGCGCGUACGAGGCCGAAGUCCGUGGGCAGUUACAGCAGCAGUGUUAGCCAGCGGGGGCGUGGGUGCCGGCGAUCCUCCGAACGGCUUCGAAGUGUUCGCAGGCCAACCUGCGGAGCCGAAGGGAGUCCUCUACUGA